ACAUGAUUUUAUUCAAGGGCUGGGAAAGAACUACGAUUAGUUAAAAGCUUCGGCAAAGUCUGGAGGGAGUGCUCUGAAGAGUUGGGAGCCGCGCAGAGGUGACUGUAACUCCUCUCGCAAUUUCAGACCAUUCUUCUGAGGCUCAGGACAAAAGCCUUUUCUUUUCCCUCCGUGUUCAAAGAGACAUUUGUCUUGAGAUGUUGCAGCUGUGGGCCGCGGGAUCGCUUGUUUGAAGAUACCCCCUCGUAGACGAAAGGAGAGGCAACGCACUGAAAAGUGGUAUCCGCCCGCAGAUCAUGAACGGCCCCAUGCACCCCCGGCCCCUGGUGGCGCUGCUGGACGGCAGGGACUGCACCGUGGAGAUGCCCAUCCUGAAGGACCUGGCCACGGUGGCGUUCUGUGACGCACAAUCAACUCAGGAGAUUCACGAGAAGGUGUUGAAUGAAGCCGUGGGGGCCAUGAUGUACCACACCAUCACCCUGACCCGGGAGGACCUGGAGAAGUUCAAGGCCUUGCGGGUCAUUGUCCGAAUAGGCAGCGGCUACGACAACAUCGACAUCAAAGCUGCUGGGGAGCUCGGAAUCGCCGUCUGCAACAUCCCCUCGGCCGCCGUGGAGGAGACGGCCGACUCCACUGUGUGCCACGUGCUCAACCUGUACCGGCGGAACACGUGGCUGUACCAGGCGCUGCGCGAGGGCACGCGGGUGCAGAGCGUGGAGCAGAUCCGCGAGGUGGCCUCCGGAGCCGCCCGCAUCCGCGGAGAGACGCUCGGCCUCAUCGGCUUCGGUCGCACUGCGCAGGCGGUCGCGGUCCGAGCCAAGGCCUUUGGCUUCAACGUCAUCUUCUAUGACCCGUACCUGCAGGACGGCAUCGAGCGCUCCCUGGGCGUCCAGCGGGUCUACACCCUGCAGGACCUGCUCUACCAGAGCGACUGCGUCUCCUUGCACUGCAACCUUAACGAACACAACCACCACCUUAUCAACGACUUCACGAUUAAGCAGAUGAGGCAGGGAGCGUUCCUGGUGAACACGGCCCGCGGGGGGCUGGUGGAUGAGAAGGCCUUAACCCAAGCCCUGAAGGAGGGACGGAUACGAGGGGCCGCGCUCGACGUGCACGAGUCGGAACCGUUCAGUUUUGCUCAAGGCCCAUUGAAAGAUGCUCCCAACCUGAUCUGCACCCCCCACACAGCCUGGUACAGCGAGCAGGCGUCCCUAGAGAUGAGAGAAGCUGCUGCCACAGAAAUCCGACGUGCGAUCACAGGCCGCAUCCCAGAAAGCCUAAGGAACUGUGUGAAUAAGGAAUUCUUUGUCACGACGGCCCCGUGGUCAGUAAUAGACCAGCAGGCGAUUCAUCCCGAGCUCAAUGGUGCCACGUACAGGUAUCCCCCAGGGAUGGUCAGCGUGGCACCGGGAGGAAUCCCAGCAGCUAUGGAGGGGAUCAUUCCCGGAGGCAUCCCUGUCACUCACAACCUUCCCACAGUGGCACAUCCUUCCCAAGCUCCAUCGCCCAACCAGCCCACAAAACACGGGGACAACAGGGAACAUCCCAACGAGCAAUAGCAGAGAAUUUAAAAACCAUUCAAUAAACUUAGGACCAAGAGACAUUGGAAAAGAAGUUAUACAUGAACUAAAAGAGAAGAAUUUGAUACGAAAUUUGUAAUGUUGAUUUUGGACAGACGCAUCAUUGAUGUUCCAGUGUUCCCGACAAAGUGACAGCAGCCAAGACUGGGGAGAAGCCCUGGAGAAGUCACCUGCUCCCUGCAGUGCUGAAAACUAGGAUGUGAUACGUUAAUGAGCAACUUCUGUUAUUGUGUGUUGAGUUUCCUUCAUCUGUGCAUCAAUCACAUGAAUAAAAAUGAAUUUCUUUUCCCCCCUCAAUUCCUUGGGAAGGACAGGGCUCCUGCACUGUGUCCAGGCCACUGAAUUAAGCCAUCUUUACUGAGUUAACAAGAAACCAUUGUGUGGCUUCAGCCCUUUCCUUUCUCUUGCAUCUGGUGACCUCUCCUAACGGGGGGCAGCAGUCCUGGCUUAGAAGUGGAAGAAAAAAAAAGAAAAUACUCCUCCUCCUCCUUUUUGCAGUCUCACAGGGCCAGUGCCGUGUAACAGAAGUUCUCCUGCCAGGUCUAAGUUCCAGCCAUUCCAGCUGGGAUCUGUGGGAUGGGGAGGGCAGAAAGGGCUCCUGGCACUGAGCACUGCCCUCCCAGGCUAAGGAAAACCAAACUGCCAGUCUCUUCUCUGCCCAGUACACUGAAUAAAGUAGCUGUGCAUCCACCUACGCCCUGCAAUGAUGCAAGAAAAACUGAAAGAAAAAAAAAAGAAAAAAAAAGGAAAAAAAAAAAAAGAAGAAAGUAUUAAGUUUCACACACUAUUUGUACUCAAAUAUAUUUUCUCAGUUUUAAAUCUGCAGCUAUUUUAUCAAGUGGAAAAAGUCUUGAGCUGGAAAGGGUUCAAGAAUAAUGUUGCAUUUCCUUAUGUCUCAGGAAACACUUUUUAUGGUAACUUGUCAGACUGUCUAUGAACAAAAUCCACUUUUUUAGACAUUGAUAAAAGUCUUCUUUUCUUCACGUGAUAUUUUAUACAAGAACACUUCAAGAUGUGUUAUUAGAUGUGACUGAUUUUAACAAAUCCUAUUAGAUUUGUAUCAACUAGUUACAUGUUAUAUUCAUAGUCUUUUGUGAAUCAUCGCCUUUUUGUUUUUAAAGAUGGCCUGUUUUGAGCCUUUGUAUGGGUACAUUCCUGUUUCUGUGACAAAAAAAAAAAAAAAAGAAAUCUUGAGCUGUCCCAAACAGACAAAAAAAGAAACCAAUGGCUAUCAGUAUGUUUUGUUUUAGUGUGUUACCGUUACUGUAUUUGUUUAUUGUAAAGGUGGACAUUUAGCGUUCAGUGCAGUUUUCAAUAAAAAGUGAUAAAAUUUCUAUAAUUUCUGGAAGGCAAGAGCUCUUGCUGCAGUCUGGGGCUUGGAGACACUGAGAGGUAACCAUAAGGUACAGAAACAUAAUUCUGAUCAUAUUUGGUGAAUAUUUACAGUGGGAGGGGAAGGGCCCUUCCAACUCAGACCAUUCUGUGAUGAAGUGAUCACUGUGGGUUUCCACUAAGCUACAAAGGCAGCUACAACUCAAACUAACAUUUUCUGUACAUUUUCAAGAGCUGAAGCAUUAUCAAACCACUGGAAAAUAAAGCCCAAAAAAGUGCUCAGGAGGUGCUGCUUGAGCCUCACUGGGCAAAAAGCCUGUUCUUGUUUCUACCCUUCUUUCCCCCUGUGUUCAAGUGCCACACACAUGGAGUUAGAUGGGGACUAAAAAAAGCUGAAACCAAAGUGUCCAAGUUACAAAACUCUGUAUUUUGUUUGCUUUAAAUUAAACUGAAAACUUGGUUACCAGCUUCAAACAUCAACAAAAGAGGUCACCUGUUACAGAGGGAUUGCUCUUUGUCAGUGCUUAGCACAGCCCAGCGGUGAAUUAUCCGUGACCUCUGCAAGAAACUUGGAUAAAACAGGUCAGAUAUGGGGAAAAGUGUUUGGGAGACACUGAAAUGACCAUCAAAACCAAGAGGAAAACAUUUAAUUGAUGUUAAGGUUUAGAGUUGUUUUAAAAAUAAAUGAGCCCUGGUACUUUGUUUCUCAAUAAUCCGAUAACCUCCGUGCGCCGCAGGAUCCGUGAGGCAGCAGUGACUCCGAGCUCAGAAAAUGCUGGAGCUUUCAUCCAACACCCAACUUCCCUUUCGGCCAAAACCAAGGACAGAAGUGCCACAAGCUCAACAGGAGCAGAGGUUAAGCCAUCCCAAGGGUUCCAAGUGCCUGCAGGGAGAACACCAGCACAACAUGCAAAGACUGGAGCCAUGGAAGCGGAAAGGGAAGAACAUCAUCACAGCUGGGAGAUGCCAAAGCACCAGGAGCUGCAGCUCUCAAAUGGAAAAUUGCUGGGCAAAGAAACAGGAGAUGAACAGUUGCUGCUGAAGGUUUGUGGCUGACAGAGCCAUGCUGCUCUUGUCCCGCUCAGGGAAGGCAGGCAGGAAGGCUCUCCUGGGAUAAUCAUCUCUUUCUCCAGGGAAACUCCAAAGUAGCUGUCAAAACAAGCAGCUUCAAGGUGACAAAUAAAACCUUUUGAAAAGGGCAUUAGGGGAAGUUACUGAAUAAAAGGGGGGAAAAUGAAAAGCAGAAAUUAAACAAAGUCUCCAAACACAAACCCACAUGGGUAAUGGAGGAAAUGCAACUCAGGGGUACUUGCCAUAAGCCAUGCAGCAGAACUUUGGAAGAAUCCAGAAUUACUAAAUUUUAAUAUAUUAAAGCAAAAGAAAUACAGGGAUUUUCACUGAGGAAGUCAUAAAUAAAACCAGAAAAAAAAACUGACCAGCUGUAAAGGAGGUAGCAAUGAAAAGCUAAGUUCUAUGCUAGGAAAACGUGUACUGCUGCGAGUAAUAUAUGAGGAAAAUAACAUUGAGAAACCCGAUUUUUAAUAUAUAUUUUCAUGGCUGAAAGUGCAGAACUUGCUGACAAGCUGCAGGGGAGUGUGUACAGAUUAAUCUCAGUGUCUGUAAACUUUCAGGUGUGUGAUUGAGGAGCCACUGACAUAGACUGACUGUGGUGCGAGCACUGGGGGUUGCAGCUCUUUAAUCUACAGGUACAGGAGAUUUGGAUUACUCUGAUUCUGAAAAAGACACUUCACCAGUUCCCAAAGGGCCUGUGAACCAUGUGAACCUGAACAGACCAUUGUACAGCACAUCAGAACAAAAUAAUGAUCAAGGAAACCAAGUGAUCCAAAGUACCAGGACUGUCCUGUCAGAGCAGAACCAGAAAUUCAUUGGUGCAUGCGUUUGAGAACAGCUGAACUGAGCACGGGGACUCCAUUGCUCUGGGGGGGACAGGGACACAAUGCAGGCUGCCCAUGGGCAGCAGGACAGGAGGGCAGGACAGCUGGGCCACUUUGGCUCAAGGCAGACUUUCACAUUGGUAAUUCUCCCCUUGGGACAAGGAAGCUUCGCUUCCCUGAACGGAACAGCACUGCCAAAAGCACACAGGGUGGGAGGUGAAAACUCCACAGCCUGCCCUGAGCAGCCCAUGGAAUCAGGGGCUUUCCCUUCUGUCCACAGGGCAGCUGGUCAGGGGCAGGCUGGGAUCUGAAGUUACAGGUCUGGCCACUGAUGGACUGAGAGCUCCUCAAGCUGGCUGAGUUAGGACCCCCGUGGUCACAGCACGACAAAUAAACCACUCCAGCACACGGUGCAGGCCAGCUCAGGGCAUGGAAAUCCUCAUCCCAGCUUACCCUGCAUUCAGCUCUCCUGACAGAAAAGCUUUACAUCCUCAGCUAGACAAGGUAUAAAAGGAUUUCACUGCAAGGUAAGGACAAAAAAAAAAAAAAAAAAAACCCAAUUUAGAAGGGGAACUUGAACCAGGACCGUGCAUUCAUGAGGAAUCCCUGUAAUAUCUGGGGUUGGGUGGUGAAUUUGGGUCACUCACACAUGGCAGAGCAGCAUUCAUCCUUCACCUGGAAAUCUGGGCAUGCACCAAGCAGAGGAAAUCUAAUGGCCAAAAAAGGUGAAGACAUAAUAAACCUCAGUGGAAUCUAGGACGGGAAAAUUGCAAAAUUAAUACAGUACUUAAUUAUUUCUUUACUUUUGGUGUCAUCACCAAGUUUCUGUAGGAGUUGUGCACGUUUCAACACCAUCUAAGCAGCAUUUGGAAGAAAAAGCAGCAAGUUCCUCAGGGUUUCCAUAGCUCUGAACUACAUAAAAAUAGGUGCUAUGGGGCUUCUUUCCAAAUUCUAAUUAAAACAGUUUCAUCUACUGGAAAAUUUCUUAUUCAACCACCACACCAUCAAAAGUGCUUUUCAAGACAACCUGAAUUGCACUGUAUAUGUAAAAACUGGCAUUAACCUUUAGUGUUUCAGUGAGAUUUUUAGAUAAACUUUAUCCAUUACAGGUUACAUGGCUAAAGUUAUCAAAUAUAAUAAAAUUUCUACUGGAGAAUAUACUCUGAACUUACAGUCUCAGGAACUUACAUAAGUUUAAGUAUGGCCACAUCAAUCAACAUGCAAGAAAUUCCCAGGUUUACAUACUGGGAAAUAUAUAACAGUGCUUUUAAACAACUUGAGCAUAAAUUCUUCUUUUUAAUUAGAACUGCCAAGUGGAUUCUCAGUAGAUUUAGUGACCGAGGAGUAACCUUUAAAAAGGUGUUUUUUCAUUUGCAGCAAAGUUUGAGUGAUCAAAGAAUAAAUGAUAAAAUGAUAUAAUUUGUAACACAGCAAGACAGAGUUCUGACAAGAUUAAAUUCUCAGUUGUGUUCAAGUUCUCAGAUUUCACACAAUUUUGUUUAGUGUAUGCUCACAGGAAUAAAAUCCCUAUCUUUUAGGUCACUUCUCUGAAUAAAUAUCCUUAUGUAUACUGAAAGGAACUAUUAACUAUUACAA